AUGGAUCGUCCAGGAUUUAGUUCACCUCCAUUUAAUGACAAAAAAAUUGUUUUGUCACCCCCACCUAUCGAAUCAAAACAGUAUUCGUUUCUUCAGCAACACAAUGCUAACAGUGGACCACCCGUAGGGUUUCAGGAAAGGCAACAAAGCGUUGGGUAUAAUCUUCAGCAAGAAUUUGAGACUUUAACCGCUGACUUGGACUUGGAUUUGAGAAAUAACAAGGAUAUGCAACAGAAUGUCGAUGCGCCGUUGCCGACGACUCAGAGUGGUAAUGUGGGUCGGGGAAUGAUGCCUUCGACUCUGCAGUAUGGAUUUGGGGAAUUAGGAACAGGAGGGUCGCUCCAGAAUGCGUUAUUGACGGAUGCUGCGUUAUCGCCGAAUUUACCUACGGCCUCGUCCCAUAGUGCACUUGGGUCGUUAUUGAAUAACAAUGGUAAUGGAAGCUUCUUGCCGCCAUUAGCGUCUAUUCCUAAUAGACCGCAAUCGGUAAAUGAUUUUUCCAAUUUUUUCAAUCGCCAACAGCAACAGCAACAGACGAUUGACCGCCAACAGCAACAACAGGCUACCAACUUCUAUCUGGACUUGAUUGUGUUUUGUAACUGGAUCGAGACGUUGAAUCCUCGUGACAACAUCACCAUGAUUGAUUACUUGUGCAAUAACUUACCGCUUGACAUUUUGCUCACGUUCAAGUCGAAAUUGGAUAGUCAUUUGACCCAUUACCACAACCAACUGGCUACCAGUCAACCGCUCCACCAACAGCAAAACCAACCGGUUUCAUUUGGUGUUUUGUCACCAUACCAGCAACAGCAGAACGAUAUUCUCGCCGAGAUGGAAAAUUUGAAUUUGGAUAAUUCUUUGAGCAGUGAUGCCGGUGCAUCUUUGAAUCAGAAGAGUGCACCUGCUUUACAGCAACCAAAGCCGAAGUUGAAUUCUGUUAGAAACCAUGGACUGCAUUUGUAUGCUGAGCAACAGACCCAAAGACCCCGUUCUGCCGACCCGAAUAUCCAUAAAUACAGUCCUAACUACAACUUGCCGCAACAGCAAUUCGAAAGGACUAAGUCCCCAACUUCGCACUUGUAUGAGAAGACAAACUUCUUACAACUCGCAGCCGCCAACUCCAAUCCUCCUUCAGUCAGCCAACAAAAAGGAGCCAACAAUUCAGACGACUCGGUUGACUUAUCUGCGCAUGCUGCAUUGAAAUUGGGAGCUUUGGCGACUAUCAAUUCGAGGGUUGCAUUGGAUUCUAAUCGCAAGAGUCAUGUUCAUAGUGCCCACGGUCAUCAACAACCGCAUUCGCAUUACUUCCCCCAGCAAGGUGCUCUGCAACAUGGACCUUUCCUGCCGGCUUCAGCUUAUGAGGAGUCCAUCAACAGAUCAGCAAAUUCGUCAUCGGUGCCGAUUUUGGUUCAACACAACAAGUCUCCUCCAGGAUUGACUAGAAGCAAGAAAUCAACAGAAGGUUUAGGGCAAGGAGCUAAUGCUUCUUCUGGAUCGCCUCAAACUACGUCGACCACAUCCAUGCCCGCCGACAUCUCCAAUCCUGAUUUAUUGAACAACAUUCCUGCGUGGUUGAAGUUGCUUAGAUUGCAUAAAUAUACCGAUUGUUUAAAGGAUAUCUACUGGAAAGAUUUAAUUGAAUACGACGAUCUCCUGUUGGAGAAGAGAGGAGUGAAGGCUUUAGGAGCCAGACGGAAAUUGUUGAAAGCUUUCGACGCGGUCAAGGAAAGUUCAUAG